AUGCUUCAGCUGGUAAACCUAUUGUAGGAUGAGUAGCAGUAUCAGCAGGGUUGAAGUGCUCAGUGAGAAUAAUCUUCUAGUAGUAAGCAGGGUUGGAGAGGUCUGGAGUCUGCAAAUAGACAAGACUGGAUUAGUACCUAACGGAACAGAUAUUUGUGUACCCUCAUAUGAUCCUGAGGUGGUGGGACUUAUCUACAAUAAAGCAAGGGCUGAGGCAGGUUUAAAGGAUACGGCUUUCCUCUUCUGUUCCCAUGGAACUGUUAUCAGGAUAGGGAUACAACCAUGGCUCAGUAACAUUAACGAGUUCACAAUUAACACAUCAGGGAUACUUCAAGUUCAUUCGGACACAGUGAGUGAGAAUAUCCUGGUCCUGCACGCAUGUGGAACAGUGUCCCUAUUGUCCCCUAAAGGGAUAGAGAUUGGGUUGUAUAGUGGUCGGUAUUCGGGGGCCUGGAUAUAUACCAACAAGUUAUAUAUUGGGUCGGAUACUCUCCAGUGCUUUGAUCCAACCAAACCAAAUAUUACAAUUGAGAUCACAGGACACAAGGGUAAGAUCAGUUCACUACUGAACACAGGAGGCGAGGAACUCGUGUUUGUUUCUAGUUCAGAGGAUGGUUCUGUCAAGCAAUGGACACCAAACACAAGGAGUUUUGAUAAGGUUGGAUCAGGAGGGAGUAUCCUAUCCUUGGAUAUAUUCCAGGAGGGGGUUGCAGGAGUUUACCUUCUUAUUCUUACUCAAGCACAGCUCCUGGUUCAGGAGGUUCAGGGAGAAAAUCUCCUUCAGGUGUAUCGACAUCAACUACCGCAGGAGUUCUCUUAUGUUAGUUUGAAGUGUGUGAGUGUUGCGAAGGGGACUCUCCUGAUUGUUAUUGCAAAAACCCAUAUCCUCAUUUUUGCAAUUAGUUCCACUAGACUGAGAAGAAUGUUGACCCAUCCUUGUGCUGAGGUGAACCUUCACCUGACCUCUGUAUCUGUACUUUACAGGGAGAACAAGAUACUCUGUGUUUUCAGUUCAAUCAGCAAGGACUCAAGAGUGUGCAUCGAUUGGAAAGGAGAUGAACUUCUUGCAUUUGAUAACUAUCAG